CACGGAGACAGUAGCAGUACCUAGUGGUUGAUCCGAGAAUAUUUUGAUGGAGUCGAAAUGGUUAAUGCGUGUGUUAUUUACACUCUUCUUAUUAGAAGGGCUACGGUGCCAAGGGUGUUGGGAUGAAGAGAGAACUGCUCUCCUCCAACUCGAGCCUUUCUUCACAAAAUCUUGGCAGCUGAUGAGAAACUGGGAGAGAGGAGAGCAAAAUUCAGAUUGUUGUCAAUGGGAGGGGGUUGAGUGCAACUCUGCUACUGGACGUGUCAUAACGCUCAAUCUCAAUUACUCAUCGUCCGAAGAAUUUGAUGGCUAUUGGCAUUCAUCAUAUAGCUUUAUGGAAUUGGAGAAUGUGUAUCUAAAUGCGUCUUUGUUUCUUCCAUUCGUGGAAUUAAAGAGUCUCCAUUUGGCUGAAUAUGGAAUAGCUGGUUGCAUUGAACAUGAAGGUUUUAAUCUAUCUUUCAACUUAAUUUCAUCUUUUACUUAAAAAAAAAAAAAAACCCAUUUGUUUAUUGUUUCAUCUUUAUAUAUUUUUUUGGUGCAAUUUCAAAUUUUUAUAUUUGUGGUUCCCAAAACUGAAUUAGUAAUUAGCUUGAAUGUUGUAGGAAAUUGUUUCGUAGGUUUUGAGAGACUUUCUAAGUUGAGAAAUUUGGAAAUCUUUAAUCUAAAAAUGCAAUUAAUUGAACAAUAGUAU